AUGGCUAGUAGUGAUAAUUCGGACGCUGAUCAAACAGAGGAGAAAGGCGAGAGUGAAGUAAAUAUGGAGUGCAGUGAUGAGCAAUUAAUGGUGUUUAGGGGAGGGGAUAACACGUAUGACUUGGAUUUGGAUCGACCAACAAAAAGAGGGAGGGAGGUGAACGAGGAAGAAAUUUGGAACAGGGUAGGGAGAAAGGCUAAAAGAUUUGUCAAAACAGGCCCUAGAAAUGACGGAACCACAAUACCAGAAGAUAAAAUUGAAGUGAGUUUGACUUGUACCGAAAAAUUACCUAAACAAUUUGGUUUAGCUAAGAUGCUCAAGGCGGAAAAAAUACAAUGUAUUACUCGGAUCAAGUUUAUUAAUGCCUACAAAGUAUUAAUACAUUUUAAUGAUGAGAUUAGCGCUGACUCAUUGAUACAGUCCAAAAAGUUUAACGAGAACGGUUUUAAAUGUCAGAGAACACUUGAUAUGAAUCAGUCGUACGGUGUCAUUUUUGAUGUCGAUUUGUCGCUGUCUGAGAGUGAAAUAAUGCAAGAUCUCAUUAGUGAAACUGUGAUCUUGGCGGUCAAGCGCUUGAAUCGUCGAAAUACCAGCAAUGGGUAG